CCAUUUGCCCACCGCUUGCAUGGCCCCUGAUCUAUAGGAAAGCUGCAGGACCUUCCUUAAAGGAUUUUCAUGAUUGGAUAUUCCUGCAUGGAGAAAAAAAUGGGUGAAGCUGUUGCCAGAGUAGCUAAGAAGGUGAAUGAAACAGUUGAAAAUCAAGCAGAUUCUCUUGAUUUGGCAGACUGCAAAUUGAUGACAUUUCCCAUCGCCCUUUAUAAAGUCAUGAGGCAUGUGGCUGAAGGCAUACAUCUCAUCACGUUGGCCAACAAUGAGCUGAAGUCUGUAACCGGCAAAUUCAUUAUCACUUUUAGCCAGCUGAGAG